AUCAAUUCGAUGGAGUUGUAUAUCCACCGGUACAUCACUUCAUGAGUCGAGGAUCACUACAUCUCGUCCGUUCGCAUCUCCGACAAUACCGAAGUUCGCGAUAUGCUCGACGGCUGGAUGGAUGUGCAUCUUGCUAAUUCAACUCGAUUCUCUUUCGCACGCAUUGGCGGACGAUUCACUUUUUUCCGAGACGACGAGUCUUAUGUAAAGCCCAAGAGGCCGCUUCAGUUCGUUCCAGGGCAUGGGACGCAUUGGUUCAAGACGAGCGGCACAUGGUUUCGAUAUCGUAAUGUGGAAGAGCACGCGCCGAGUCCACGGCAAGUAACGUACAUCAGUUGCUGGGGGCGGUCCCAAAGACCAGUGCGGAGUUUUCUCAACACAUGUCGGGAACAGUAUCUAAAGGAUAUUGCAAAGAAAACGCUUGUCUAUGAGAAUCGCGAUAGAUCUUGGAUAAAGGCGCGAGCCAGGAGGACUCGACAGCUACAUACCAUUAUACUCGAUAAAUCAGUGAAGGAAACGUGGCUUCGUGAUAUCGAGCAGUUUCUCGAUCCUAAGACUCGGGCCCAAUACAUGGAUACCGGUCCACCUGGGACAGGGAAGACCAGUGCGACGUUGGCAAUCGCAGACCGCUUUGGAACCGACGUGUACAAGCUAAAUCUUGGUGCCGGCUUACAGAGCUCAGAGCUGAACAAACUCCUUGACGAGGUUCCUGAACGCUCUCUUCUCCUAGCUGAGGAUAUAGACGCCGUAACUUCAGCUCAAGCACGAACCUCCCACAAUGAAAACGAUCCCUCCCCUGGGAAUACACAGCCAGCUAAAACAGAGUCAACUACGAUCAGCUUGUCAGAUCUAUUGAAUCUUAUGGAUGGCGUCGCGUCUGUAGAGGGUGUGUUACUUAUUCUUACCACGAAUCAUCCUGAAAAGUUGGAUGCUGCCCUUGUGCGUCCUGGACGCAUAGAUCAGAUGAUCGAACUUGGUCUCACAACCUCAGAAGUCAACCAUGAUCUCUUCCAUAACUUCUACAAGCAGGUGUGCGAGAGCGCUGCUGAAAAUGACAACUUUUACAAUGUGAGUUCGUUGGCCAAGGAAUUUGCCGGGAAAGUUCCGCAGAAUGAGUUCUCUCCCGCGGAAGUGCUGUCUCUCUUUCAGGAAAAUAUGCGCGCGCCACAGGCUGCAGUAGAUGGCGCAGAGGACUGGAUGGCCAAAAUCAGGCAAGGCAGGCAGAAAUGA